UCGCGGCGGAUAAGAGAAGAAAAAGAUGCAAACGCUUCUCAGUCAGCCAUGUAAGUCUCUUCCUAUACCCACUGCUUCGUCGUCUUCGUCCUCGUCGAUUCGUAGCUCCGGUGAUGUGCGAGAAUGUAUCAAUUUUAGAUCCUCACAGUUUCGAUUUUGUGAAACCCUAAGCCCUUUUCGGCUUCGUAGUUUCGCAAUUUGUCGCGAAUUUGCUGUUCGUGGAGCUUAUGGGAUUAGAUUUUGCUCACGAGACGGUGUUUCUGGUGUUGAAAAUGGAGGAAUUGUAACGGAGGAUGAAGAGGAGGGUCUUGAGCUAUUGAACAAGCCGAGUCCUGUACCGAAAUCAGAAAAUGAGAAAGAGAGUGGUAAAGCAGAUGAUGACGAGAUUCUCGAGCCGUUUUUGAAAUUCUUCAAACCGGAAGAAGACAGAGAAGGAGAUGAAUCGGAAGUCUCCGAGGAGACGGAGAGAGUCAGUGUAGAGUAUUACGAUCCCAAACCUGGUGAUUUUGUGGUUGGUGUUGUUGUUUCGGGUAAUGAGAAUAAGCUUGAUGUGAGUAUCGGUGCGGAUAUGUUGGGAACCAUGUUGACGAAAGAGAUACUUCCUCUAUAUGAUAAAGAGUUGGAUUAUUUGCUGUGUGAUUUGAAGUAUGAUGCUGAAGAGUUUUUGGUUAAUGGGAAAAUGGGGAUUGUUAAGGAUGGUGAUGAAGGUGUUGAGAUUGCGGAAUUUGCACGGCAAGGUAGGCCGGUGGUGGAGAUUGGGACCGUUCUUUUCGCUGAGGUUUUAGGGAGGACGUUGAGUGGGAGACCUUUGCUUUCUUCUAGACGUUAUUUUCGGAGAAUAGCUUGGCAUCGAGUGAGGCAGAUUAAGCAACUUAAUGAGCCUAUUGAAGUUAAGAUAACAGAGUGGAAUACAGGAGGCCUUCUCACCAGAAUUGAGGGCCUGAGAGCUUUUAUUCCGAAGCAAGAACUGGUGAAGAAAGUGAACAGUUUCACCGAGUUGAAGGAAAACGUGGGUCGUAGACUAGUUGUGCAGAUUACGCGAUUGAACGAAGAUAAAAAUGACUUUAUACUGAGUGAAAAAGUAGCCUGGGAGAAGCUGUACCUUAAAGAAGGAACACUCUUAGAAGGAAGAGUUGCCAAAAUCUUACCAUAUGGAGCUCAAGUCAAACUCGGGGAUAGUACCAGAAGUGGACUGCUACACAUUUCAAACAUAACUCGCAGAAGAAUUGGAUCGGUAAGUGAUGUGCUUCAGGUCGACGAAAGCGUAAAGGUUCUGGUUGUGAAAUCUCUAUUUCCAGACAAGAUCUCUCUCAGCAUUGCAGAUCUUGAAAGUGAACCGGGUUUGUUCAUCUCAAACAAAGAGAAAGUAUUUACAGAGGCUGAAGAGAUGGCACAGAAGUACAGAGAAAAGAUGCCUGUAGUGGCUACAAGCCCGAUUGCUGAUCGUCCCCCAAUCACAAGCAGUUUCCCUCAGGGCAAGGAUGAAGAAAUCUAUGCUAACUGGGACUGGUUCAAGUUUGAGAGUCAGUGACAUAUUCAGAAAAUCUUGUUAACAUGUUGUACAAUGACUUUUUGUAUUUGAAAUUUUGAAACUAUAUAAUAUUAUGAGUAAAUGUGUUCUUCCUGAUAAA